CCUCGUCUGUUCUUCCACAAAGGAACCACUGCUCCGGUAAUACCAAGAACACGGCCAUGGCUCAUUCGAAGCUCUUGCUCCUGGCCACUCUUCUCGCUGCUCUCUCUGCUCUGGUGGUGGAGAGCCGGGUGGCAAGGAUGGAUCUUGGGAGCCUUGGCACCGGGGUCGGUCUCGGCACUGGGCUCGGUGUUGGCGUAGAUGGUGGUACGGUCUCCGUCUCAGGUUCGGGCUCCGGCUCUGGUUCCGAGUCUGGGUUUGGUCACUCCAGCUCGACUUCCAGGUCGGAAUCACGUUCGUUUUCGGUGACUCUGCCUGGUUUAGGCUCCGGCGCGGGCUCUUCGGCAGGUUCGGGCGCAGGUUCCUCCGCAGGCUCGGGCGCAGGCGCGGGAUCAUCGGCAGGUUCGGACGCGGGUUCCUCCGCGGGCUCGGGCGCAGGUUCUGGUGCGGGGAACGGCGAGGGUUCUGGCUCGGGCUAUGGCUCCGGUUCUGGCAACUGAGAGAGACGUACUCGGGUGUUUCUACUGCCAUCCUUGAUGUAUAAAUAAAUAAUAUAAAAUAAAUAAUGAGAUGGCGAUGCUUUGCCUUCGCGUAUGUGGAAAAUAAA